GAGAAGCCCAACAAGGGAGCUCUCCCAAAGAAAGAAAAGAGAAGAGAAGAGAAGGGAAGGGAAGAGAAGAAAAAAGAGAGAAGCUUUACCAAACUCAUCGUCAUACCGCAUAACCAUAACGAAGAGUGGAACGAUCGUUCGUACCACGUUCCACGACUCGUUCCUCGGCCGAGCGGAAGGGUCCAAGACGAAGGUCCAAGACGAACAAGGAUCACGACACCACGGUACGAUAAUGGGGAUGGGUGGUGGGGUGGGGGGCACGCAAGAAUUAUCCCUGAAGGAGUCGAAACGGAGAAGAAUGGGGAAAAGAGAAGACACCAAGAAGGAUGGGCACCAAGUUGGUCGGUUGCUCUUGCCGACCCCCACCCUGUAUAUAAGCCUUCUUCUGCCGGCUACGUCUUCAGUCUUUCAGUUCGAACGGCACACUGCGUGUACAAUCCGAACAGAUCAUCAUCUUGCACGGGAUCGAGAUCUUUGGGACGAUGGCUUGCUGAACGGAAGCGAACGGUGGCAGGAUGUUUGGCCGUGUGCGCGCCGCUUUCUUCACCCUGGUGAUUGCCACGUCUUUGUUGCAAUGCACACAGCAAGAAGGAAGUAGGCAAAGUAGAGAUGUAAUACUCAAUAUCAGUGAUGAUCAAAAAAGUCAAUAUUUAAAUCAAGAUUUCUAUUCCAAUGCAUACAAUUAUGGUUACCAAGUAAGUCCGAAUGGACAAUUCCAUCACGAAGUGCGUGGACCGGAUGACAUUACAUAUGGAUGCUAUGGAUAUAUAGAUCCAUAUGGAAAAUUAAAAACAACUUUUUACAUUAGCGAUGGCUGGGGAUAUAGAGUCGUUCAACCAGGAAAUUCAGUCGAACUGUUCCUUCAUGAACAUGAACAUCACCACGAAGAUGAUACAGAACAACAUUAUCAAGAACACAAUGAUAAUCACCAUGAUCAUAAUGGUGUAAUUACGGAAUGGAGAGAUCUAUAUUUUCCAGAAAUAUGCAGACAAUUCGAUGGAACAGAUUCUCGACCAAACACUAAACCAAUCCCAGAAGAAGGAACGAGUGGAUCAAGCAAUGCUGGAGUACCUAUACAACCAAGCCAUCCAACACAAACGCCGGAAUAUCCUAUUAAACCUGGAUAUCCUCAACAACCUCAGAAACCAAAGCCAGGACAAACAGGAACAUCAGAAAUGCCAGCGACGAUGGGAUAUCCUGGAUACCCUGGCAAACCUGGAAUACCAGGACAACCAGGAUAUCCAGGAACACCUGGAACACCAGGAACAACGGGAACACCUGGAAUACCAGGAAUACCUGGUAAACCUGGAAUUCCAGGAAUUCCGUCACAACCUGGAUACCCUGGAAAGCCUGGACAACCGGGGCAAGUAGGACAACCAGGAUAUCCAGGUGCACCUGGACAACCAGGACUUCCUGGAACACCAGGAAUACCAGGAAUACCUGGAACGCCUGGAAUUCCGCCACAACCUGGUUAUCCUGGUCAACCUGGAGUCCCUGGACAACUAGGACAUCCAGGAACCCCAGGAACGCAAGGAACUCCUGGAACUCCGCCACAGCCUGGAAUACCUGCUCAACCUGGAAUCCCUGGGCAACCGGACACCAGGAUAUCCAGGAACGCCUGGAAAACCUGGAACUCCUCCACAACCUGGAACACCUGGUCAACCUGGAACCCCUGGACAACCGGGACAUCCAGGAUAUCCAGGAAUACCAGGAACGCCAGGAACUCCACCACAGACUGGAUAUCCUGGUCAACCUGGAACCUCUAG